AUGGACAAGAAUGACCGAGAUACCCUAAGAGGCAUUUUGCACAGCUUAGGAAUUGCCUGCGAGAAUGUGUUAAGUGACGAAAAUACAUCCCAUAGCGCAGGAGCCAGCUUUCCCGGGAGCCAGAGACCUGUUGAUACGACCCACUUCGUGGCCCAUGACCAGACAAACAUCACUAGUUCUCAACCACCGGCUCCAGGAUGCGAUAAUUAUCAUCCUGAGGAUGAUUUACCUCCACUUCAUGAGCAAUCUGCUGGUCAGAUAUCAGCAGAAAAUGUCCCAGAAGAUGCAGUGCUGCUAGAUUAUGAUGAUAAUAUAGCCCAUAUUCAGAAUGGCGCAGGGCCGAUUUCCCCCAAUGAUGACGUGAUACCCAGUGAAAACCCGGAAACCGACAGCGAGGACGAAGUCACCAAUCAAUUUGCAUGUCGCUUGGGGCGUGUGCAGUUGACGCACGACGGUCACCUACGGUAUUUUGGGUCGACAUCUAACCUAAACUUGCUUGACGUUUCAGUCGACACUAGACAUCUUACAUCUUCUCUUUUUCAGAAAGAUGCACAAGAGAUAAUCGAGGAUUUGGAUCUCAACAUAGAAGUGGAGGAGGCUUUUGAGAAGCAUCUACUCCAGCUUUACUUUGCCUGGCAAGACCCAUGUCUGCAUGUUGUUAACAGUGAAGCGUUUUGGAAGGCCAAGUUUCAGAAUCGAUAUGAAGGCUCAACUUCAGCUUAUUAUUCGCAGGCUUUAUGCGAUGCAAUGUGUGCAAUGGGUGCAGCUUAUGAGCCCAAGUAUCAUCCAGAUCUUGUCACAUUCCCUCGGUCUUUGUCACAGUUUUUCGGGGAUAGGGCCAAAGCCCUCCUGGAACUGGAGAUUGAAAACCCUUCACUGGCAACAAUUCAAGCGCUGGUAAUAUGCAGUAAUUAUGAAGCUUCAGGUACUAGAGAUACUCGCGGCUGGCUGUACAGUGGGAUGGCCAUGCGACUUGCAUUUGACCAAGGUCUCCAUUUGGACGUCACCCCUUACGUGGAAAAGGGUAUCAUCACGGCCGAGGAAUAUAAUAUUCGACGAACAGUUUUCUGGGGCUCGAGUCUCAACGACCAAUUUUGGGGAUACUAUUUGGGACGGUCUGUCCGAAGCCCGGUAGCUGGCGUCUCUGUUCGAAAACCAUGCUGGAAUGACAGGUCUCCUACGUCUCACCAGACACCACGUUGGAGAGCUUAUGGAUGCCCGCAAGUCAAUAUCCAAGGUAUAGCUAACCCAUCUGAGAUGAUAUUCCAGCAGUGGGUCGCUUUAUAUGACUUGAUGUCCCCUGUAACUGAUGUACUUUAUGGCUGUUUGGAAACUUCGAGGACAGCGCUCCAAGAGCUCACCGCUGACACUGUCGCACGGCUGCUUGCUUGGAAAAAUAACCUGCCCAAUGACCUUAACGUUGAUGCGACCAAAGAGUCCUACUACUAUUUGCCCCACGUUCUCACCUUGCAGUAA